AUGAAGAGAACACACUCCGAAGCUGCUCAACAGCUACCUGAAGACUUCAAAGAACGACACAUUGACGAGUUCAACAAGGGCUGCGAAGCUAUUCUCGAAAUCGAUCCUUCUCUCUACGAUGCCAUUCUGAGAAAGGAUUUCCAGUUGUUUCUCAAGAAGAAACAGCCUGACAUGACUUUGAACUACCAUUUUGUGAAUCUCGCAAGCAGCAUAUUGGCCCAGCAGAUUAGUGGAGCUGCUGCGAACAGUAUCAAAAAAAAGAUCAUCAACCGGUUCGACCAUUUUCCUAGCUACCAUGAAACAGCAGAGUUAUUCAAGCAGAGCAGAUCUCAAGAACUUCGAGAGUGCGGUCUCUCGGCACGCAAAGUACAAUAUUUGGAAUCGUUGGCAAACUUUUUUAAUGACAAGGCAGAGGAGAUCAAAGCGCUGCUUACCAAGGAAAGCGACAUCAUUGCGUCUGAGCUGGUAUCAAAUAUCAAGGGUAUUGGUCCCUGGAGUGCCAAAAUGUUUCUGGUAACAAGUAUGGAGCGUUUGGAUAUUUUCGCGGCUGACGACCUGGGAAUCGCUCGCGGAUGCUCAAAAUACUUGGACGCACGCCCAGAGGUAGUAAAAGAACUUAUGAGCAAACGUGGUCCUGUUAUCAAACGCAGCAAGAUCAAGCAUGUCAAGAAGAACUGGAAGGUUUACGACGAGGAUAUUGUGGAAAAAUGCGGUGAACGUUUUGCACCUUACCGAACCAUCUUCAUGUUUUUGAUGUGGAGAGUGUCAGACACUAACGUAGAGGUAAUGGCCAAACGAGAAGAUGAAUUUACGGCUGCGAAAUCAUAA